CCUAAUCAACGCAGCUGUGCAGGGGAUGUGCACAGCCAGGGCUGGACCGGUAGGACCAUGACAGAGAGUAUUUGUAUGAAAGGAUUUGACAGUGCACAGAUGGUAAAUCAAGAAAAAAAACCUGGUACCAAGCCAGAAGAGAGCACGGAAGGCACACUGGCUGUUCAGAAUGGCAUCAUUGCAGAGACCAUUGAGGACAAAAGUCUGUUCCCUGUAAGUGUCUUGGCAAAUGAUCUUCACCAGGAAGCUGAUGAUGGGGCAGAGGCAGUGUUGGUGGUCAUGGCAGGCCAGAAGGAUCUUGGCUCUGAAGCCUUGGAAUCUUUGAUGGCCAAACCCCUUUCCGAGGAGGAGAUCCCUGCUGUGGGGGAUAGUGAAAUUAGGCAAGCAGAAGUCCUCGCUGAAAAAGAUAAUGAAACUUGUAAAACAGUUGUUCCUGUCCUCGGAGAUGAUGAUGUGAUUAAGGAUGAGGGACCAGUUGUCCAAGAAAUGAAGGCUAAUAGACCUACUGUUGAUAUUGAACCAGUGUAUGUUAAAGUUCCUGCUGUUGAAGAACAGCCAUCUGCUUUCCGAGUUGGGGCCUCUCCUGAUUUUGCCAAUACUGUUGUUGAACCAGUGGUAGCAGAUACACAGAAAACAGUAGCUGGUGUCCCUGAUGAGGUGCCCCCUUCUCUAGAGACUGCCACUGAAAAUUCUCCCCUGCUUCCACCUUUGGUAAGGCCCAAAUCUCCUGCUUCAACUGAGGCUACGAACAAUGAAGUUGAACCACCGGCUGGACCUAUGCCAUGUGAUGCUUCUGUAGAAGAUCACAUCACUCCUAGAUCCUCUGAGGAAAAAGAAAAUAUCAUAGAUGCAGGGAUUGCAGUGGCGACGAUUCCGGAGAUGUUUCCUUUAGUUCCAGUUACAUAUGAGGCACAAGCUGAGUAUACAUUUGCUGUUGAAGAGUCCAAUGAAUCUCUUCUGAUGCCUUCAGAAACUGUUCAACAAAUUGAACCCUCGUGUCCUGCAGAAUUGACCUCUUGUCAGGAGCCUGCCUUAGUACUCCUAGAGGUUCCAGUAUCUUCAAAAUUUAUUUUGAAAACCUCAUCUGAGGAGGUUUCAGAAAUUCCUCCAUCUUUAGGAGACUCUUCAUCUUCAGUGGUGAUUGAUUGUGCUGUUGAAGUUCCUGUAGUUAGGGCUACACAAAAAGAAAUUGAAGCCAAUUCACCAGUCCCUGCUACUGAACAAGUCUCUGAACCCUCAACUGAAGUAGUGUUUGAAGCAGAGUGCCAUCACGACAUGGAGAAAGAGAAAUCAAAAAAGCAAGACUGAAUUGAGAAAAACUGCUAAAAAAGGAAAAAACUCAAAGCUGCAAGCAAAGAAAAAAGAUGAUGCAUCAACAAAGCUGACCUACCGUUGUCUGUAUUGUCUUGUUUCUUUUAAUUGUGUAUAUGUCUGGUAUAUGAAUACACAAUGUAGCUUAAUUUGUCACCUAUUAAAAAGGUUUUUAACGGAUUCUAUCAUUACUUUGUGUUGGAUAUGCUAUUUAAAAAAAAUGGGUAACAUGGUCUAAUUGUAGUUAAAUGUACAAUAAACAUUGUAGUUAUGUCACAUUUCAGAAUUGUAAUCAUGUAUGUAAUAUCUUUGGCAUUUUCCUACUAAUGUGGUUGAUGUUGUAAUAGGCUAGUGGAAAGAAAUGCGUAUCAAAAUAAUUUUUUCGGGAUGAAUACAGAGGAUCAUCAUUAAAUGCUUUUAACAAGA